AUGGCCGUGGCAAACUUGUUAUGGAUAACACUCCUAGCGAUCUCCGCAUUGACGGUCCUUCUCGCCGGGGCGACCAUUGGCUCGGCUGCCUACACGCUCCAGCAGUAUAAGGAUCAGAAGGCUCAAAACAACCCUUGGUGGCUACCGAUAUGGACCGACCAUUUCGAUUUGAACGGCACCAAGUCACUGAUUGCGUCUGGAUCGGUGUCGCUAGCGCUAGGCUUAGUCUACUUCCUCGCAUUGGCGAUUCCGAGAUUCCAGGUUGCCGGCCGACCCAAACUUUCCCUCGCCAUCGCAUCAGCCACCGCGAUCCCCAGCGUCGUCGUGUCCGUGUUUGCCAUCGCAUUCGUCCAGGUGCUGAACCAGAAGAGCCCUGACGUAGACACCAUCGAAUCGUGGACCUGUCGCUGGUCGCAAACCCCAGCGAUCGCGAAGGAGCUGUCUGUGCCGGCGACGUUUACGAACGAGGGAUUCGGCACGUUGUGUACGGCGAGCGUACGUGAUGAACCCCUCCCCUUUCUUUAG